CGGUAUAAGGUUUCCGGUGUCAUGGCGACCACCGGCACCACAGACGCUUCAGUGAGGAGAGAAGCAGCAGCAGAAGGAAGAGGAGGAGGAAGAGGAGGAGGAGGAGGCUGUGUGCUUAGAGGGCUGUGAAGCCAGGCAGCCGUCUCACAUGUUUGUGUAAUUCCGACUAUGCUGCUCUUGGUAGCGCUGGGAACAAUAUUUUCUCAAGCUGUGGUCCCCACUGAGGAGGCUGCGGACACCAACCACGAACCACCGGCACCGCUCCUCAACUACAGCAGGAUCUCCCUGCCGCCAGAGCACAUACCUUACUUCCUCUACAACAACAAGAGGGUUGCCAAGCAAUGUCGUCUGGACCCACUCUGCCCUUUUAAAGAUGCACCUCUGGAUUUGUCGGCCUGUUGGGGUUAUGAGAAGAACUGUGAUCCGGGGAAGCGCUUCAGUUAUCCAGUCUGUACCAAAGCUGACUCUGGAUGGGCUCGUUCACUGGAGGCAGCCCAGGAGCUUUUCUGGAAGCAGGCUGAUUUUGGCUACGUCAAAGAACGUCUCUCCGAGCUCAAAGGACUCUGCAAGGCCAGCAAGCCGGGUGACUCAUCAUUAAGAUGCAGCAGCCACACUAGAUUCUGUAAGGCAACUAACCUUUAUCUGGACUUACGGAGUCCACGCAGAAGUCAUGAGAGGUACAAGGAGGACUUCAUCCAGAUGGGGGAGAUUGGUGGUCACUGCAGACUGAACAAGCGAGCACUCGCUGCUGAGGGAGAGCACCAGAGCCCCUUGCAAUCCUGGUAUGCUGAGCUUCAGACAUACACGGAGCUGGACUUUCAUCCCAUAGAGGAUGGACACUGUGAAAUCAUCAUCGAAAAACCCACUGUUUUUAUGAAGCUGGAUGCUGGGGUGAACAUGUACCACCACUUCUGUGACUUUGUCAACCUCUACAUCUCCCAGCACAUCAACAACUCCUUCAGCACAGAUAUCAACAUCGUCAUGUGGGACACGAGUUUUUAUGGUUAUGGAGAUUUGUUCAGUGAAACGUGGAAGGCCUUCUCAGACUAUGACAUCAUCCACCUGAAGACCUAUGACUCGAAAAGAGUGUGUUUCAAAGAAGCCUUCUUCUCCCUGCUUCCCAGAAUGAGAUAUGGCCUUUUUUACAACACACCUCUCAUCUCAGACUGCUACAGUGAAGGGAUGUUCAGGGCUUUCUCCCAGCACGUCCUCCACCGGCUGAACAUCCUGCAAGACGGGCCGAAGGAGGGGCGUGUUCGUGUCACCCUGCUGGCACGCAGCACGGAAUACAGAAGGAUAUUAAACCAAGUGGAGCUGGUAAAUGCCCUCAAGACCGUGCCUUUACUGCAGGUCAAUGUGGUGGACUACAAAUACAAGGAUGUUCCCUUCCUGGAGCAGUUGAGGAUCACCCACAACUCUGACAUCUUUAUAGGGAUGCACGGGGCAGGUCUCACACACCUCCUCUUCCUCCCUGACUGGGCUGUCAUCUUUGAGCUAUAUAAUUGUCAGGAUGAGAGCUGCUAUCGAGAUUUGGCUCGGCUGCGGGGCAUUCGAUACGUGACUUGGCAGAAAAUGGACAAAGUGGUCCCACAGGACAAGGGUCACCAUCCCACCCUCGGGGACCAUCCAAAGUUUACCAACUACUCUUUUGAUGUGGGGGAAUUCAUGCGGCUUGUGCUGGAGGAAGCCGAUUUCAUCACACAGCAUCCCAAAUGGCCGCGCAGAGCCCUUCAUAAUGAACUGUAGACACACAGAGAGGAUACAAACAUCUGACUGCUGAAGAACGUCCAACAUGAUCCUGCCUUUUGUUGUGAUCAAAAGACAUCUUGACUCUGGCAGUGUACGUUUAGCAUUUUUAGUUCAAAAUUACCUCAGUCACCAGUGGUCGGACAGAACGUUUGCCACCUCCUGUCCACUGCUUUGAUAAGUCUGGAUGAGUGAAAGCAGUUUGGCCAACAACUCGGGUUUGAAUAACUGUCAUCAGCUCUAUUAGUGUCAAAUCAGUUAAAGGACGAGGCGUGUGCAGUCGAAGCGUCUGGAGAGCGAUAAGAUGUGUCCUAUGUUUCUUCAUUACCUCCACUGCGUCGACUUCAUUCCACGCCGACAAAGUUAGCUAAUGAGCAGCUGUUGCUGCGUCCUGUCACAUGCGACAUCUUGUCACAUUCGAUUAGUGUCACCUUGAUGCAAGCCUCCUCAGAGUUGUUGACAAUCACAGCAGAGCUUCUGAGCACAUCCAGCAACACCACUCUAAUGUAAUGUGUCGCGUUCACAUGCUGGAUUUUUCACAUAUAGCGUAGCAGCAAACCUUUUUACUUCGCGGUUGUGAAAUCAUAUUUUAAGUGAUGUUCACCAAAAACUCACAAAAUAAGAGACAGAGGGUAAGUGAGAGACUCCAACUGUUAAGAGGCUUCUUUUGUAUCAGUGAAAUAUCAGUAUCAGUAUUCGUGUUAUUUGGUACAAGCAAGGACACUAAUACUUUCAAACAUGUUAAUAUUAAGUAUUGCGAAAGAAACAUUAAAGUAUUUGCUUUUUAAAAUUACCUUUCACUUUUCUGUCCGUUUACAUAGUUUCUUUACAUUUGUCACAGUUGUUAUUUAAACUCAAGUCCAGUUGGAGUAUUGAUACAGUUCUGUCGAUUGGACAGCUCUGUCUAUUUCAUUGGAGGUUUCUUUGCACUUGAUCGCAUGAAGUACAUUGUCAGUGUGGUCAAACGAUGAGGGUGCUGCUGCCAGUUGUUAUCGCUCCUCGAGCCUUUUGAGUGCUGCUGCUUUUACACUUUACAGUAAAUUAGUCUGGAAGAGAGCGAGCACAAUUUGCAUGCAAUCUGCUGCAAUGCACAAGAGCAUUUGAGAGAUCAGAAGAUCGUUUCCGUGUUUCUUGGCCUCUCCAUGAGUUUGAUGUUUUAUUUAUCGAUGAAACCAGUUUGAACUGAGUCAGACCUUUUUUGGUCAGGGCUCCGCUGGUCUUGUGGAUGAUUUCAUAUUCUAAAGCUGUGUAACAUUUUGAAAUAAAUAAUUCCAAAAAUGCUGAA